CUGGUAAUUAACUGUAGCUAAUCCAGCUGGCAUAGUUUUUUGGAUGUGGGGAAAAAGACAGAAGACCUAAAAGUAACCGACAUGGGAAGAACAUAGAACAUGCAGAGAAACACCACACAGACAGUAACCUAAACUACCUUCUGUGUGACCCAGUUUACAUUAUAUAGUCAUAUAAUUUAAUGCUCAUUAACAGAAUUUAUCAACUACCCUUCAACUUCUAUUAUAAGUGAGAGACAGCAAAUGGGUUUUUUGGGGGGGGAUAUCAAAAAAGAGUCCUUGUCUUUGGUAUAUACCCAUUAACUACCCAGAUAUUAGAUAGAGAUUAGGUUGAAAAACAAACAAAAUUCUUUUAAAUAAUCUGAUACAAGUUCAUGGUUAAUUGCCUAUGAGUAUACUCGUAAUAAUUCACACUAAUAAAUAACAUAGAUCAUCUUAAAUAACUGGGUGAAUUUCUACUUAAAACCUAGAGUGAAACAAAAGCAAUUUAUGUUAUCCACAGGUUCCUAACCUGGACCUGGAAUACCCUUUGUGCUGUAAAUGUUUGCCUUUUAAUGAUCUAACUAGUUGAAAACACUGAAAUGUACAGAAGGUGGGCUACAGGAUUGUCUUUGGGUAACUUUUUUUCGUUGUUUUCUCUGAAAAUUGCCUUUAGGGGAUCACAGUCUCUCAAGCAUAUGAAGAAUGAAAUAAUCACACCAGGCAAUCUGAAACCUUUUUAAGGCACGCAACUGUGAUAUUUGCCUGCAGGGGGAGACAUUCACAACUAAAAAUAUCAACUCUAAUAAUAAAUAGUUUGAACUCAGAUCUACUAUACUAUACUGUGGUUAAACGUUUCGCAAAGAUGUGGUUGCUUAUUGGUUAACGUGUUGGGUUAAUACCCGGAAGGUUGUCGGUUCGAAUCCCAGGUCCACCACUGCUGGACCCUUAGCCCUCGAUUGCUCAGAUGUAUAAAAAUUAGAUAACGUAAAUUGCUUUGGAGAAGGUCUUUUGCCAAAUGAUACAAAUGUAAAGGCAAUUCCGAAUCCCGAAGCUAAUUGUCAAUUUAAGCCUGAAUUGUUGAACUUGAUUGUUGUGCAUGAAAUAACAAUAAUUAUAUACUCCAGUGUACGUAAGUAAUUAAGUAUCUACAUUGGUAGCUCUAGGAACUUUAUUUCAGAGAGAGCUGAAAACACAAAGCUAUCCCCGGAUUUGGAGGACAGGAUACCAGUAGAUCCAUAUCAUCUGUGUGGUCGAGAUUGUAGAAAGAAGAAAGCUUAGGAGGCGUGAAACAGAGCUCACGUGAUUGUUAGGCGUUGGAGCUGACACCUGUAUGGCUACACCCCUUUACAUUUUUCUCCGAUCAUUAUGGCGUGGCCGUGCAUUAGCCGGGUGUGCUGUCUGGCGCAGUUCUGGAACCAGUUUGACAAAUCGGACCUGUCCGUCCCACUGACCAUCCAGAACUACUCUGAUAUCGCAGAUCAGGAGAUCCGCUCGGUCACCGGAAACGUUCCCGCAGAGCGAACGCAGAAGCGCGGUCACGCCACGCCGGAGCACAGAGACGUUUCCGCGGCGCAGGACGGCGGAGGCAACCGAGUGCAUCGCAAGCGCGCGGAGCCGAGUUACAGACCGGCCGAGGACGCGCCGUUCCCUAGCGUGACCCAGUACAAACAGGACUAUAAACCGUGGCCCAUUCCCAAAAAAGACAACUUUCCAUGGAUUAGUAACGGCGUCAGUAAAAGCAGUCCGGUAACACAGAACCAACUGCGGGCAGGAAAAGAGGAGCGCGCGGCCAGGCUGAAACACACUGAGAGCGAAGCGGCCAAAACAAGCUCUUACAGAGAGGAGUACAGGCCCUGGGCAGGGGUGCAGCCAUCCAAGCUUGUUCAGAAAAGGCCUACAUUCCUGGCUACGGCGACUAGUGAGCCUCCUCCUGAGACCAGCUACCAGGCCGCCUUCAGUGCUGACACACACCGACACGCAGACAUCAGUGUGAUGGACAUGACCACACGCUCGCAGCCCAACAUUACAGAGAUGGCAGGCAGGGCUGAGGUCAGUUCCAGACAAGAGGAGCAGCUGGUGAGGACAAAGUUGUCUCCCAACCCGUCCGCUGUGUUCCAGAGUGGAUCACGAAUCUUCAACAUAUGACCCGGUGGACCAGUUAACCUAGAAAACACACAUGGAUUUCACUUUGAUACAAUGCACACACAGCUCACUGAGCUUAUAGGGAACGUUUCAAAAAGCUGAGGCAACAACCUUUAACGGGCCGAAUCGGCAGUGUUGCUGAUGGUUUAAAUGACCGAUGAUGUAAUAAAACACCCAAUGCUAUUUGUCCAAACCAUUCCAUAGUUCAGCAUGGGUACAAACACUGGAGAAUUGUAGGGCUAAUUUCACUUGGUGUGAAAUCUAUGCAAGAGCAUGAAUUUCAUGCAAGUCUUUAGUAUUUUGAUACACAGUGGCUUCCAUAUAUAUUAUUGGCAUCCUUCAUGAAAAUGGACAAAAACAUUACUAUAUAAAAAACACCUGCAUUACAAUGAUAUUUUGCACUUAAGCAUAUAGGCACAGUGUAUAGAUUUAUUUAAACUUGUUUUGGUCCAACAGUGGUGUUAGGUAAUGCAAUUUUCCCUAAAGUGGUUUUAAGUUACAGCACAAUUAAUAUUUUGUGGUCUGUACAAGAAAAAAGCACGGAGUCAGUUCCUGUAAUGUUUAACAAAGGUUUUAGGCACUGUGCGCACUCCUCCAUGCAGAACGUUUUAAGCUCCUCUCAUAUUCUUAGGCUUAUGCAUGCUGAAUUCCCUCUUCAAUUUAGACCACUGAAGAUCAAAACUGAUUUUGUGUUUCUUUAAUCAUUUUUAGGUUGUUUUCUUUUUAGAAGUUCUAUUUAUGGCCAAGACUAAACCUCCUCGGAAUUUUUCCACAUUCAGGCUUAUGCAGUCCCAUUUUGUCACCAAAAACAUGCUGAUGGUGUGCAUGUCCAUAUACCCUGAUUUUGGUCUCUUCUUACUUUAACACAUUAUGGCAGUUUGUAAAUCUAAUCAUCUUUGGGACUACUAUUUUUUAUGUUCAUAAUUGUGCUUAGUAUUAUUAUAACUGCUUCUCUAAUCUGAUUUUGUAUUGAAAGUUCUUUGGGGUUUCCCAUGGUAAUGAAAGACAAAGGGAUUUUACAGCUGUUCAAGUUAAUAAUGUAUGUUUCCAGAAUCACAAUGUGUGCAUUUAUUUAUUUAUUCCUGUAAUAAUUUUGGCUCAUACAUUGACAGAAAAUAAUCUUAUUUUUGGUCCUAAUGACGACAAUUUUUUAGAGUGUGAUAGUUCCUUUGUUGUGUGUAAAGUCUAUAAUGUCUUUUUGUUUGCGCUCAUUUUUAUGACGGGUGCCAAUAAUUCCAGUAGGCACUUUAACAGGGAGAGGCAUAUAGGAAUGAAAGUAUGCAGAUAAUGUACUAGGGGAACACAAAUAUGCAUGUUUCACAAUAAUUGUUUCAGGUGUAUGACAACUGGCUGCUUUUUGGUGUGAUGUACGAGUGUGUGUGUGUGUGUGUGUGUGGCAGUUAGGCUGGAAAGAUGUCUUUUACAUGUACAAGUUAAGCUUUACCUCCCUGUAGAGCCAGUUAUUUGCUGGAACUGUACCUCCGAUGCCUCCACUAUAUGCUUCGUCCGUUCAACCCCUGCUAAACAUUUAUUAAAUCAAAAUUUACUUAUUAUUUAUGGAUUUUUUUUUUAGCAACUGAGCAAAUCAGAACCAAUGUUAAUUUAUUUUGUUAAGUAGUUCUUGAUAGAAAUGAAAAACUGUAGAAUGCACUAUUGAAAUAAAAUCUAUAAUAUUGCUAUAUUUGUGCCUUAAUAAAAUGCAGUGUGUGUGAA